UAAAGAUUGUGAAGGUGUGUGUAUUAAUUGGAUAAAUAAGAAUAUACAACUCAGUGCAGCACAUGAUUUAUGAGAAAUAACAACAUUUCUCUCGUGCAACAUAAAACCCCAGAGGUUUUCACCCUUUUGAGAACUGCUUCCUGUGCCGAGAACUGUGGGGUCUUUUUUGCAUCCGUGUUGUGCUUUCUAAAUCGAUUUUGAUCUUAACUGCAGGAAAUCUCAGUGUAGGUGAUAGCAGAAAAAGGUACAUCAUGCUAAAGAAGUAAUAUGACCAAGUUUGUUCUAACUUCACAUAUAUUACUGCUUAUUUAUUUUGUCUUUUUUGCAUACAUUGCAAAAGAUGCAUUUUCACAGUAGACCUUAAAUAUGUGUACACACUUACACAAGUGCAUGUUCUCUUUUGUGUGCCUGCAGACAUGAAGGAGCUUUCUAACUGACUCAUCAAUGUCAUGUGGAUUUUAUCUGAGCUGUGAACCCCACCAUGGAAGAAACAUUCGGUGGUGUAUCACCAGUUGUGGUUUCUAGUCUCUACCACAAUAUCUACUCCAUCCUCAGAGAACUGGACUGUAAACCCCAAGCGGGAUCCGCCUCCAAUAAAGGCAUGUUGAGAUGGACUCUUCAUAACCGGGUGGACAGAAAUCCAUCUAUCAGUGUCCCUUUGGUCAGGGUUCUGAUAAAAGAGCUUGAAAAGGCGGAGAGAAUCGAUUCCAAGAUUCGCAUCAUUCCUUUACUUCACACACUUGUCUACACAGUCCUGCAGUCUGUAUUUAUUCCUGAAGACCUCUAUCGAAGGAUAUAUUUAUGCCUGAAACGUUUAGUUCUGUUACCUGCACCAUACUGUGCAAUCGCACUUGACUAUGCAAGACAGAUGAAAAUGGAGCAAAGUGCACCAGGAUUACUGUAUCAGCGGAGAGUCAUUGCUGAACACAACCUAUGUAAUGAUCUUUAUCCCCUCCAUGAGAAGGUGUUUGUGUUCGUAGAUCCUGCUGUGUUUCCUCUGUCUCUGGUAAACGCGCUCAAAGCUGAGGUGGAAUGCGGGAAUCCUGCUGGGGACCCACUGAUGUACAAACGCAGAAUUUUACUGCACACGAUGCUGGCUGGGUUAGGAAAACAGUGCCAGGUAGACAGGCUCACACAGGCUCUAGAGCAUUCAGGUGAAGACAUAGAGCUGUACUUCCAGGAUCUAGUCACCAUCUUAGAGCAGAGAGCAGAAGAUGGAGCUUCAGAUGAUAACCAGUACAACAUAAGGUUACAAGAGAUCUACCAAGACAUCCUGAGUCCAGCCAAAGAUCCAUCAUGUCAAGCAUCUCAAGUGGAAACUCAGCUGCCCGGUCCUGAGGUCAGCUUCCACGUGUGGACCAAAGAGGAUGAGAUAUGGAAUGAGCUGGUUAACUAUGCCCUGAUGGUUCCUGCCGACCGAAGCUCUGCUUACCUGGACCAGGACGAUCUAAAGCGUACCUCUGUCAUGUCAACCGUGUCCACAGACAGUGGCAUAGAGGGAGACAUGCCCAUCAGUGAGCUUUCCUCUCUGAUGAUGGACUUUCAGAGCGGUUCAGAUGACCAGAGCAGAUCCCUGUCUUUCUACAGGAGGCCGUGUGUGCGGUGGCCCAAAUCAGGCAACAGAAUGACGCUCAUGAUGGAGGCCAUCAAGGGCAGUGGAGGAUGUUCCCUCACUAAAGAGGAAAGAAACCUGACGGCUCGCAUUGUUGUAUUGGGCGAUGACAGAACGUUGGGACGGCUAGCUAAGACUCUCUACACUAUACGGAAAAGGGAGGCACGACAUCUGCUGCUAACAAAGAGAGUGAAUAUGGAGAUGUAUUACAUUCCAGUGACUGACCAGCCACCUUUAGUUCAGGAGGGUGUUCCUGAAGACAUGCUGACACUAGCAGGAUAUUUGGGAAGUGUGGAUCCCUGGUAUGACAGUAACAUCAAUGGCUUAGGGGCCAUGAUUCUGAAACUGGCACAAAUGCAGUCAAGUCAGAGCGAAUCUUCACAACCCAACACCUUCCUGCUAGAUAUCAUCUCAUACUACACACGAGUCAGCCAGCAUCCGCUGCAUCUUCCCAUCUACUCUGUCAAGAUCUGCUUCUCUGGGCUCAGUUCACCCUCAGUAGAGGAAGUGUUUGUGGCUCAGCUCAUGAUGGACUUCCCCGAGGUCAAACACUACAGAGCCACAUUUAAAGACACCAUCAAAGGUUCAGUGCGUCACAGAAAAUAUAACCCUCAAGAAUAUCAGGGUACUGUUGUGUCAAUUAAUUACAGAAAGGCCUCAAUAAGUGACAGAGAAAAGGAAAAGGGAAUGUCUUUGACCACAAACGGCAUGAUGAUCAGUGUUUUGCCUUCCUGCAGAGUCAAAAGUCUACAUAGUCUCAACAUAAGUUUCCAAGAUAUGAAUCCCUUAAGGCCAAGCAAACCUUCAAUCAGAGCUGUUAGCGUCAAUAUCAGAGUUCUGGAGAAGCAGACAUUCACAGUUUGUCUGGAUAAAGACCCACAAAAAACAUUCAAGAAAGUCCAGAGUAUUGAAGUUUCUCCAUGCUUGGAUCCGGGAUACUGCCAACAAGCGAGUACUAAGUCCAAGUACAGUUUGGGAGAAGGAGGAGAAUCACUAAAUAAAUACCUGAAUAAAACUCUCACGCUACCAAUCAACACCUUCUGUGGCUCCGAACAAUGACAUUAUGACUUGUUUUCUAUGACACAAGCACUUGAGUCAGAAGACAAACUGAAACUUGACUCCACUCGGUAGCUUUUAGUGUGUUUUAUGUGUGUUCAUUUCCUCUUUUAAUCUCUUAAAAUACAUGUAACCUCGAGAGGCCAUGGCUUCCUGUUGAACUGUGAACAGACACGCUGGUAAGCCUGAGACUGUUUGAAUGUGCAUAUUAUCUGUCUGAAGAUUGACCUUGAUCUAAAGGGCAUGAUUGUGAUCUUGAUCUAAAUCAAUUUCAACAUCCUGCAGUAUGCACAAAACACAAAAACAAAACAUGUUUACACUACUUUUAUGACAGUACUGUGUUUGUAUGAUACUUGGACAUAAACACUUUGUAAGCAU